GAGGAGUCUGGUGAAAGCUGAGUGGGAGCCAGGACAGGGCAUCGUAGAGCUGCAGUCCCCUGCGGGGAAGUUCUGGCACACCAUGGGGUUCACAGAGCAUGGCAAACAGUGCCUGCUGCCCGAGGAAGCUCUGUACCUGCUGGAGUGUGGCUCUAUUCAGCUCUUUUACAGGGAUCUGCCCAUGUCGAUCCAGGAAGCCUAUGAAAUCCUGCUGUCCCAGGAGGCCAUGAGCCUGCCACAUUACCAGGUGUUCAGCCACUUGAAGCAACUGGGUUAUAUUGUACUGAGAUUCGACCCCAGCACUGUCCUAUCUCCCUACGAGAGGCAACUGAACUUGGAAAGUCACUGCAAGAGCUCUGGGAAACACCAUCGCAAAAGGAGGAGGAGUUCCAGCCCCCGGUCGCAUGAGAAGAAACAUAAGGUAUCUGAGGACCUUCCAGAAACUGAAGGGACCUCUGAAAAAGCUGGAGAUGACUGUGGAGACUCCCACAGCCUUCCUGUGGAUGAAAAGCCCUUGUCAGAGCAGCCAAAGGAAUCAGAUACUGGCAGUGGAGAGGGCGAGUCAAGCCCAGUUCCUCUUGAUACAGGACAAAAGGACUCCCUGAGUCCCUUGAGGAGCCAGGCUGGAGACCGCAAGGAGCGCAGCACUGGUACCCGUGCACCCCGCUGGGAUUUUGCCACCAUCAUCUUGCCGAAUGUGGCCCCGGACCAGCCGUGCACACAUCUGCCCUCACCCGACAGCGGGCUCCUGCCGGAGAACGUACCAGGGAGGGAAGUUGAUGCAGCUUGCUGGCGCGCACAUAUCAAUCAGAAACAGGAGAAGCUGUCACGGAAGGAAAGGGAGCAGCGAGAGAGGGAGAGCAGGUACAAGAGCAGUGUCAAUGCUGACCGGGAGGUGAGGCGCUGCUCCAACUGGCAGGAGUACAAAGCCCUUUUGAAGCAGAGGAGCCAGCAGAGGGUUUGGAAACGACCGCCGCAUCUCUGGGACCAAGCUGUCACACCGCUCUUGCGGCCAGAGGACGCUACUUCAUCAGCUGCGCUCCUCCAGCAGAUCAGUGUGCUGCAGCCCUCCCACAUCCUGGAUGGAGCCUCCCGGCUGCAGGAGGGCACAGAGGGCUUGAAGAUUGACUUCAAUGUGUAUCAGGCAGGUGCUGUGGCCAAGUUUAAGAAGACAAACCCUGGGAAGCCAUAUGUCAGGAUGUGUGUUCGCAGCUUUGACGAGCAGAUUCCAUCCCUUCGGGCUUUGAAGCAGGUUACGUAUCAGAGUGGGGACGUCCCGGUGGUCUUUGCGCUGGUGGAUCACGGAGACGUUGCCUUUUAUUCGCUGAAGGACUUCAAGUUGCCAGUUGAUGUUAAUCACUGA